CUCUCCCCCACCUUCCACCGUCCAGUCCCGGCUCGCAGCGGGGCGAGCAUCCUCUCCCCAGCGCUCAGCUCGCCUUUGUUUUUUCCGCCAAUCUUUUGCCCAACUUGCUUCUCCCGGUGAUCUGAGAGGGGAAGAGAAAUGGCCCCUAAUCCUCUUUCUGUGAUUCUCUGGCCUUCUCUGCAGCCUCUCCUUGGCUUGAUGGGGAAGCGGGAGAGAGGGAGGGAGGGGGGACGGAGGUGCGGGAAGGAGCCAGAGAGCAGGGACCCGAGCCCCCGCCCCCACCGCCCUCCCGGCCCCUUGAAGGUGUUGCCAGGUGGCGCGUGUCGGAGGGAACUCGCAGACAAACUUGAAAGCAGACCUGUGAAAUGGUCAUCCGGCCUGCCAGCCAGGAGGGACUUUUUCUGCGGCCAAUGCCCAAUGUCACCCUGAACUCAGCCCCAGGUUUCUUCCUGGGGUCCAGCCAGAGAGAGAGGGCUUGAAACCGAGAACGGUCUCUAACGGGGCUUUUGUGGUGGCCCGAGGAGAGAGUGGAACAGAUGGGGCGCUUGUGGCCUCGGCAGCGGACAGGAUGAAGACAGCCUGCUUGCCCUGGCUAAUCGGAGCUCACUGCCUCUUCUCCGUUUAGUGAUCCGGUCUUGCCAGAGCACCUAGCAGGCAUCUUUGGACCAGGCUCCAGUUAAACACCCACAACGGGCAAGAAGGCCCCAGGAACCUGCUUAUCAGAGCCAACAGAGGACACCUCCCUUCUUAUCCUCUGCCUCCAGUUCCCUCAGCCACUUUGGGGCUGGAGUGUUAGCAGAUCCCAACAUCUCCAAGAUUCCUAAUCCUAACCCAGAAAUUUAUUUCCUCUUAGUCACCCACAGGGUCACUGCUGUCGGUCCCUGUCCUCCAAAAGAAGCUGGAAAGUGCCUUGUGCCCCAAAGCACAGCUUUUAAAAACGGGAGUGCCUCCUCUCCCUCGUUGAUAGUGGACAUUGCUCUCACCCUACCCCAUACAGCCCUGCUCAGCCCAGGAGUUCUGGCUUCCCCGAUGUGUUACUCAUUUCCCAUUGAUUCCAGCUGUCGGAUUUGUCUGAAGCAGAGAUAUUUUCUCUUGUGUGGCUGGGUGCCUGUGUCCUUGACUGGGGGCUAAGGCAACAGUUAGCAGAGAGUUGAAUAGAGAGACCCAGGGGCCCAGAGGCUAUGAAGGCGUCCAAGUACUUCUGCUGGGCUGGAAUGAAUGGACCAAGGCACAGGAUUUGGGAACAGCCACGCCUGAGGUCCUCGGUUUUGAAAGGAGACAUCCAUAAAGUUCUAGUGAAGAGCCCCAGAGUCCCGGCCCCUCGGUCCCCCAGCAGAGAGCCGAAGCAGGAUCCUCACAAAAGAACUGAAAACCAAGGAGAGGGCACUGGCAGAUGACGUUGCUCCCGUGGCAGCAUUUGUGCCAGCGGGCUGCUCUCAGUGGAAAAUGGUGGAGGCUGCUGCUGCCCCAGGAGGGAGAAGCACCAACUCCCUGGCUGUGGCUCCAGAAGCCUAGAACUGCUGCGAGGCCUGCCAGAGCAGAACGGGAAUCCGGGGGACAGGGAGACACAGUGCGCCUGGAUGCUGGGAGGGUUGACAGUGAUGGGGGAAGCAGGGAUGGAGGUGACCUCCAUUUCUACCUGGUUCUCGUCUGGGGGGGCCCUGGCCGGGCAGCCCCCCCACAUUUCUCCUGCCCUGAAACACGGCUCUAGCCAACCUGCUCCGCUGCUUCACCUGCGACCGUCUGUGCGGGGGCUGCACGGCGCCAGCCCCUCCGGUCCGCCAGGGCAUCGUCCUCCAGCCUGUCAUGCCCAGCUGUGACCCUGGCCCGGGCCCUGCCUGCCUCCCCACCAAGACUUUCCGAAGCUACCUGCCCCGCUGCCACCGCACUUACAGCUGCGUCCACUGCCGUGCGCACCUGGCCAAACACGAUGAGCUUAUUUCCAAGUCCUUCCAAGGGAGCCAUGGCCGGGCCUACCUGUUUAACUCCGUGGUCAACGUGGGUUGUGGGCCAGCCGAACAGCGCCUCCUGCUCACGGGACUCCACUCGGUAGCUGACAUUUUCUGUGAGAGCUGCAAAACCACACUGGGUUGGAAAUAUGAACAAGCUUUUGAGACAAGCCAGAAGUACAAGGAAGGGAAGUACAUCAUUGAAAUGUCACACAUGGUGAAAGACAACGGCUGGGAUUGAGGGGCCCAGGCAGGCUGUGUCCUUCCUCCGCAUGCCCCACCCUUGACCCCUGGCCCUGCCAAGCUGUCCAUACCAGCAUGAGUACUGCCCCACCCCUGGGGGAAACCCAGUCCAACUAACCCCUCCCCUGAUCCCACCUCAUCACUACCAGACCCCUUUUGGAACAGGGGUUUGGAGUACCCCAGGGGUGUUCAAGGCUCAGGAGUGGGCAGCAGUCAGGGAGAGACAGAACUGGGGAGCAACGAUUGUGGGUCCUUCUAGUCCCAAGAUCCUGAAAAGCUUCUGGAAGGGUGUAGACCCAGGCAGAGAGGACUAUGGGAGGAAUCAGUUUUUUGCCCCACCUCAUUUGAUUAAACAAAGAGGACAAGCGUUUGGUCAUGGGGGCUGGUAGAUCCCAGGCCACAGAAGAACAGAUGGGAGUGAAAUGUUGGCCUCAGAUGCCCAGAGAGGCCAGUCUCUGAGGGGGAAGUUUCCCACCCCCAAGUAUAGGAGAAAGGACUCUGGGGUGGAAGGAAAAACACAAAAUCCCAGGCCCUGGGAAAUAAUAAAAGGAUCACAGAGGUUUCCAUUUCACUCCACUUGUUAAGUUGAUCUUGGCACUGAAGAGGCACUUUCGAGUAUCUAACCUUUGCCGUUGGGUUGGGUGGGGUGGGGAAAGCUGCCCCUGGAAUAGCCCCCACUCCCAGCCCCAGCUGGCCGUUUCCAGGGCGAGCAGUCUUCAUGGGCAUUUUCCAAGGCCCAGCUGCUGCCCCCUGGGGCCCAGUCCCCUGGAGGGGGAGGUGGGAAAUCAGUGCUACGGGGCCGGUCUUUCCCGUGGCUGCCACCAGCGAAUGAAACUUUUUGUAUGAUACAUAAAGUGUUUGGGUCUAUUUUUAAUAAAAAGGGGAAAAGCAA